ACAAGGACUUUAAUCUCUUUGCAUGUGUUUCCUGAUGUAGAUAGAAUUGAUUGGACUAGAUGGACUCUGAGGUCUCUUUUAGCUCCAAAUUUAUGCUCCUAUUUACUUUUUUAGCAGCUGACAUUUCUAAAUGAGUCUUCUUUUAGCAGUCCUGUAACCCACUCCACAUUGACACUAUACCCUUGGAAGGACUUCAGUUUGACUGAGAAACCAAACUUGUACCCUUGUACUCCAAUGCUGAUCAUGCCAUCUUUCCAAAAAGAUAUAAAGGCCCUGAUGGUUUACAAUUGCUCAACAUCCCAUGAUGCUUUUCAUGAGAGGCAGGCUAUUAACCCUAAUGUCCUGGCAGGAUUCCAGGAGACCUGGGGAGCCUCCUUUGAUAAAUGGCUGGAUUCCUUUUUUUGGAGUGGCCUUUCAAAUGAAAACAGACCCCUUCAAAAAGCUCAAAGAGUAUCAGAAAAAAUAUGGAGACUUUUUUACCUUAUACAUUAAUGGAAAAUACUUUACUUUUGUAUUGGAUCCAUUUCAAUAUCCACUGGUGUUAAAAAACCACAAGCAAUUUGAUUUUUUCAAGUUUUCAAAUGAAAUAAUACACAAAGUUUUCACAGUCUCAUAUCGAGCACAAGUGAUGGAAAAAAUGAAAGAAAAUUAUAAAUAUCUACAAAGUAAACUCUUAGAGAAGACUGUUUAUAAUCUAAUGCAGAAUCUGCAGCAUGUCAUAAAAAAGCAACUUUUGCAAACCAAAAAUUGGGAAAUGAGUCAAUUGUUCAAGUUUUGUAAAUCAAUAAUGUUUGAAGCUACAUAUGUAACACUCUAUGGAAAGGAUCCUAGUCCAAAUUCAGAUGAAGUUAUCCCUGAGUUAUUGGAACACUUUGACAAGUUUGAUAAUGAAUUCUUGAAUUUUUUGUUUCCUAUACCAACCUUAUCACUAAGAGCUGCUAAGAUUAGUCGGGAAAAGUUGAUACAAAAUUUUUCAUCAGAGCACAUGUACAAAAUGCUGGAAACAUCAGAAAUUAUCAGAAGUAGAAGAAACUGUCUUGAAAAAUUUACAGAGCUUCCCGAUCAUGAAAAAGGAGCACAUCAUCUUGUCUUUCUGUGGGCCUCUGUGGCAAACACAAUUCCAACUACAUUCUGGACAGUGUAUUAUCUUCUGCAGCACCCAGAAGCUGUUGCAGUGUUGCGUGAGGAAAUCAACCAUUUGCUGCAGUCAACAGGUCAAAAGAAAGAACCUGAUUUUAAUGUCCAGUUCACCAGAGAACAAUUGGACAGCUUGGUCUACCUAGAUAGUAUCAUUUUUGAGGCCUUACGAAUGAUUUCAGCUUCUGCCAAUUUACGUGUCAAUGAAGAGGAUUUCACCCUAAGUACAGAUAAAGGAGAAAUCAAUCUGAGAAAAGGAGAUAGCAUAAUCAUUUACCCACCAAUGCUGCACUUUGACCCAGAAGUCUUUGAACAGCCUGAGGAGUUUAAGUUUGAUCGUUUUGUAAAAGAUGGCAAGAAGAAAACAACUUUUUUCAAAAGGGGACAAGAGCUGCCAUAUUGCCUAAUGUCGUUUGGAUCUGGAAUCACCAAAUGUCCUGGCCGAUUCUUUGCAGUGUUUGAGAUAAAGCAGUUACUUAUUCUCUUGUUUAUGUUUUUUGAUAUGGAAUUAAUUGAAAAGGAACCUCUACAAUUCAGGAAAUCUCGAAUGUUUUUUGGUAUCCAAUGUCCUCAGUCAGAUGUUUCCUUUAGGUACAAGCUAAGAUGUUAAAAAAAAAAAAAGAGGAGGAGGAGAGAAAAGAUGUUUGCUCGAAAUAACACUAUCUUCCCCUUCUACCCCCAACCCCCACACUUUUUUGGUUCUAUUCUGGAAAUGGAAUUGGGUUGUUCUUGUUUUUUUUUUUAACAUAUUUGCAUAUUAAGGGGUGCUUUCAUUCCAUGAUGCCGAGACAUCUGGUCAGUCAAUUAAAAAAAUAUAAUCUGGUUUUUGAGUUGGCAUGAUGAUGUCAAAAACAUCCUAAUAAGUGUCUACUUCCUCAAUUGAGUAGGCUGAGUAUGUUGUUUAUCAUAUUAACCAUAUAUACAUCUUUAAGACUACAUCUUACCUGUAUUACUUUAUUGAAGUUAUUGAAUUAUUGAAAAAUUACUUUGUUGAAGAAUUCAUGGGUUCUGGACAGCUUUGAUUCCUAAUGACCAAUGGGUGCCAGUCAGAGUAUAUUAUGGAGCUAUGAAUCUUCACAAACACAGAUCAGAGCAAGCACAUUCGAAAUGAAAGUUCUGUUACUCAAUGUAAAAAGUUCUAUAUGAAUAUUGCAUGAAAAUUUUGUUGGCAGUAAAUAUUACCAACAAGUUAAAAAAACUCAAAGAAGAAAAUACUUAAUGUUUGUGACAUUUGAUGAAAAUGGCCUUGUCACAUAUAAUAGCAAUAAUAUUUUCUUUACCUGUGUAAGUUUUCAUUCAGCGAGUUCUGCAGAAGAUUGAGUGUUUCAAUUUCAUUUCAAUAUUUCAUCAUUUGAAAAUGUACAUUUUCCUUUUUAUUGUGUUGUCUUUCUUCCUGACCCUUUUUGGAAUUUUCUUGGCAAAGAUACUGAAGUGGUUUGCUAUUUCCAUCUUCAGCUCAUUUUAUAGAUGAGGAAAUUGAGGCAAAUGGAGUGAAGUGACCUGCCCAAGGUCACAUAUCUGGUUAGUGUCAGGGGCCAAAUUUGAACUCAGAUCUUCCUAACUCCAGACCUGGUGUUUUAUCUGAUACACCAUCUAGCUGCCCAUUGCUUUUUAUACUACAAAUGAAAAGAACAAACUUUAUUUUUAAAUAUAAUCACCUUGUUUAAGUGAGAGCCCAGUCUUCUUUGGUUGCAUAGGACAAUACAGGGACAGUGAUCUCCUCUGUGAAAAGCUUUAUUAUUGGAGAGAAUGUCGACAUCCCUUCUCCACCGAAUGUAGGCAUCAUUGCUAUAGGACAUAAAAUUGUCCUUACAUAUAACUACCUGUUAUCACUGGAAUACACUGGGUUUAGAAAUGAGGCACCUAUUUUAGACUUUAAAUUCUUCAGGACCUAAAGUUUAGUUUAACUGUGGAAUUAUUUGAUUCUGUUUGAGUUGUCAUGACAAAACAGUGCCAAACCUGAACAUGUCCCUCAUUUCAAAUUCCUCACUGCACCUAUGGCUUCCCAAAGCAAAUGGUCUAAAUUGAAUGCAUAAUAGUACUCUUUCUAUAUAUAAACAGGCAAAACAAAGACAAUUGUGGUGAAAAUACACACAUCCAAUACUUGGGCAGUUAGGGAGCAUUUUGCUCAUCGUCAUACUAGGAGGCAAAAUAACACAAGGGUUGGAUUAUUAUUGUAGCAACUUUUCAAAUGAGAAUGUUAAAUUCUUUGGAGCUAAAUCUCCAACCCCUAAAUGUCAGAGCCAGGAAGUAUUAGAGAGACGAGACUUAAACCUGAAAAUGGGGCGUCUUCCUCCAAAUUCAUACUAAAUGCUGUAAAAUUGUGCACGUCAGAGCCUCAUUGAUUCAAGUUAAUGGAAGCAGUGUGUGAAUUAAUUAUUGAGUGCUGGGCUUGGAGUCAAGAAUAUUUGAAUUCCAAUUCUACCUCAGAUACUUAUUAGUUGGGUCAUCCUGGGCAAGUCACUUCAACAACUUCAUGGACAAAAUCAAUGCAACAAUGGUUUAAAAAUGGGGGGGGGGAAUAAUUGGCUGAGAAAAAAAAAUGCUUACAUCUCAUAAUAUUUAUAUAAUGACCACAACUAAAUAAGGUCAAGAGCCAUUCUCCAGCAAAUCAGUGCUUAAAGAAUAUGAACAGUUCUAAAAAGAAUUCCAAACGGUUGGCCUUAUAAAAGAUCACUCCAAAACACUAUUAAUAAAAGAAAUGUAAAUCAAAAUACUUCUAAAGUUUCACCUCUCACCCUGAAAAUUGACAAAGAUGGAAAAAGAUGGAAAUAGGCAAUAUCGUAGGGGCUAUAGAAAGCUAGGCAAACUAACAUAUUAUUGAAGAAGCUGCAAAUUAGUCCAACCACUUGGAAAAGAAAUUUGGGAUUAUAUUAAGAAAAUAACUAAGAGGUCCAUACCCUUUGACCCAAAGGUCCUAAGACUACACAUAUAUUUACUGGUGUCAAAGACAUAAAUAUAAAUGUAACAUUUAUAUUAUAUAUCAAAUAUAAUAGAAUAUGGAUAGCAGUACUUUUUGAAGUAUUAAAAGACAUUGAAACAGACACCCAAACUUAGAUGUACACAAAUUGGGGAAAGAUUAAACAAAUUGUGUAAGAAUGUAAUGAUUUAUUAUUGUAUCAUAAGAGACUGUGACUAUGAAGAAUUCAGAGAAGAUGGGAAAAAUGAAGAACUAUGACAAUAAUAUAUUCAAUAACUAUAAUAUAAAUGAGGAAGAAACUGAAUGCUUUCUAAUUAUAAUGACUAAGCUUGAGCCUGAAGAAGAGAUGAGAAAUUAUUUUCCCCUCCCUUCUUUACUGAAGUAAAGGGCUGGAAGUGGAAAACUACAUAUGAUGUCAGACUCUGUUGAUUUGUGGUUGUUUUUUUCCCAUUUUGAUGAACUGCUUUUUUCUCUCUUUUUAUUCUUUUUUGCAAAGGAUAGCUAUCUGGGUUGGGGAGAUACAGAGGUAUAUUCGCAAGAUAUCAGCAACAAUUUGAAAAUACAUAUUAUAGUUCUGUAUGAGUAAGGAAUUAAUAAUAUGGUAUUAUUAUAGACCAUGUAAUAUCCUUGUCUUUCUGUUUAAGGUAGAUGGAUAAGACUUUUAACCAGCACUAUUUUGUUAAUCUUUGGAUACUUAUAUUACUAAAUGAACUUGUAAAUAAUAAGAUUUGCUUUUACAUUCUGUUGUAAUUCUAAUUGUGGCCCUCUCCAUCUUUUAUUCACUCACUCACUCUUCCCAUUCCUGUUAUUCCCCUUAAUAAUAAUAAUCUUGGGUGUAAGAAUUCUUUCCUAUGCUCCUAAACUGGAUGUGCUCUUUCUUUAUUCCCAUUUGUACUUAGUCUUGAUCUGGUUGUAAAAUGUUGAGGGUGGAGAGGGCCUGCUAUAGGAUCAAGUCCAAGCUUGCUAUUUUAUAGAUGAUGAAAAUGAGCCUCAGACAUAAUUGUCCAAAGUCAUCCAAGUAAUAAAUGGCAGGGUUAGAACAUGAACCUAGGUCUCUUUAUUAUAGAUGGGUUUCACUGUGCCAUGUUGUUUUCCCUUUUUCUCAGUCCUUCAAUCCCUUAUUUCCUGCAGUUUCUGCUCCAUACUCUCAAACCCCAACCUCAAUCCUCACUAACUCCUACCAACUGACUCUUCUACUCCUGCUCUUGAGUGGCUGAAUUCUCCUUCCUCCCAGUUGAAGCUAAUCAAAAGUGAAAUGGGCUGUUUCAAGAAGUAGUGGGUUCUCCCUUAUAGGGGAUAUUCCAGCAAAGAUGGGGAUGACCAUUUGCCAGAUAUAUUGUAAAGAGGAUUCUUUUUCAAGCCUAGGUUGGACUAGAUGGUCACCAAAGUGCCUUGCAGCCCUAUAAUUCUGUGAUUCUGCUGUCUUUUUGAACUUGGUAUAAAGUGCAAGGAGUGACCACUCUGAUGAAAUUAGGAAUCCUUAAAGAAUGGAAAGAAAUAUGUAUCCCUUACACAGAGUGAGUGGGCUCUCACAUUACUACCUGGGAUGGAACAAAAUUAAGAAUUAGCAUUUUGUCUCUUCUUAAUUAAGAAACAGUUUGCAAAGUAAGAUUAUGACUGUUAUAACUGUCUUCAGUUUUUAAACUAUGAUAAUGGAUUCCAUAAAGAUGCUCUCGAUUUUACUAUCUAAAGCAAUGCAUUAUACUAUUUUAUAAUGAUUAUCCUAAUCAUACUCACUGAUGUUUGAACUUAAAUUCUGGUCGUUAAGUGAUUCUUUUUCAUUGCUUCCUGUGAGCAAAGUUAUGGGAAAUGAAAAAUGUGCCACACUGCUUUAAACUGGAGGUAAAUUUGGCAACAAAGAUAUUUAGGUACAUGGGAGGGUGGGGGAAUGUCACCGGCCUGUAAAAAUAAUUGCUUACCAGAAUUACUUUUGUAAUACUAUCUCCUGGUUUUAAAAAUAGCAUUGUGUAUAUAAAUUUAUGACAAAGAAAAGGAGUACGGGGUGGGGGGAAAUGUAACAUCGGAAAUUCCCAUACCUUAGGAAAAGAAUGUCUAGUGUUUCUUAUUUACAAGAGGUAGUGAACUUAAUUAUUUGGAAAAUAGUGUCUGCUGCUUCAAUGCCACUCUCCCCAAAGUGACUUUCCCAUCAUUUAGUUUGAUUCUUAGAAGUAGUCACAUGGAUGUUUUUCUUAUGAUUUGUCCACCUUCUUCUUCCCCUUCCCCCUCCAAAAAAAAUCUUACUCUGUUUUGCUAUUCAUAAAAUUUUCGACAGGGGGAAAGAAAUAUAAAGUCAUUAGCUAAUAAGCAAUACCUAAUAUAUAUGUAAAUACUAUGACUUUGCUAGGCUUUAGUCAUUGACAGCCUGCUCUUCUGAGGAAAGGGUAGAAGAAGGAAAUAGAAUAGACGUGAUAUUUCAUUAGUUUGGUUUUUGACAUAUUAUAAAUGAUUGCCUUUUGUCCUUAUGCCAGUUAUUUUUCCUUAGCUUUUCCUUUCCAAAAAAAUAACACAUUUUAAAAACAAAACAAAAACAACAUUUAAUCAAAACCAGCUAGAAUAAUAGUCAUUGUUGACUGUUAGAAUUCUAUUUUACUAUAAAUAUAACCAAGGUUAAACAAUGUUUAGAAAUUACUCAAUAGCCAAAGAGGUGCAAACAGUUAAAUUGAUAUCAUUUAGAAUGCUACAAAAUAUAAAUUUCUAAUAGAUUAUUAAUAUAAGCAAAUGGAAUGGCCUUCCAGUUGUCCCCAUGACAGACAACUUGGGGUGUGACACUAGGACACUUGGCUUUCUUCAGAAACCAGUUGAGGUGCCUGAUAGCCACAGGCUCCUGCCUUUAUCUUCAGAGACACUGAAGAGAUUUACUAUUCCCUGUCCAUGAUAAAAAGUGACUUGGAUCAUCUGUCAGUCUCAUUUUCUUUGUUUAGAAUACCUUUGGAUCCUGAAAAUCAGAUUAAAUUGCAUAAACAACUGGGUGACUCGGGAAAUAUAUGUGUAUUGAUGAUUUUAAACUUUGCCCCACACCAACCCCAAUUCUACUGUUUAAAAUCACAAGAUUAUUGGUAGGAGAUCUCACACUCUCAACUGAUCUUCGAAGGAAACUUUGCAACUCUCAAAGACGCUUUUCCUAGUUUAAAAAAAACACACAUGAAUUGCUCUUUAAUUGUGAUUUCUCUUUAAGUAUUUGAUAUUGGUAAUUACAUACAUUAUUUUCAAUACAACUUGGAGUUUUAAGUAUAUUACUUUUAAAGUUGAUACUGAUGGUAUAUUUCAUGCAACAGAAAAAGUCAAAGUUCCAAAGAAAACGUUUGGAUCAGCUUAUCUUUUUUGUUUUCCCUAAAAUUCUGACAAUGUAUUCUGAGGAAAUGGAGCCCUAAAAAAUGUUUGCUAUGGGUAUUUAUGACAAUGUCAUGUUUAAGUCAUCCAAAUAGGCAUAAAUAUGAAACAAAUGACAUUAAUAAAAGGAAAUUUUCAAUAAGACACUAAGAAACAUUCACCCACUAUAUCACUCUUACUCUCUGAGUACCGGCUACUUGUCAUUAACUGCCUGUACUAUCAUUAUUUGACAGAUUGGAAUGUUAACAAGGAAUGCCUUCUCUUCGCUUUGUAAUACUUCACAAUGGUCUAUGGAAAGAAAAAUAAUAUUUGAAAGCACUUUGCAUAUUUCUAUUUUGGCUGCUAUUUUUAGAGGACAAAAAGUGUGUAUCCAGUGUUUUGCAAAUGUCUAAUUCAGUAAACUUUUACAAAAAGGAAGUCCUUGUGAGCUAAAUAAUCAUUUUUUAAAAGAAGCUUUAGCUGACUUAUGACAGCUACAUUUUAAAAAUGUACAUAUGAAAAAUAGAUCAAGAAACACAUGUGUGUCCAUGCAUGUGGAGUGUUUAUACAACUGGCAUACUUUUACAUUAUAACCCAAGCUUUAACAAUUUUGAUUAGUACUCACUCUCACAGAAUUAUCCCUUAUUAAUAUGCUUAAUGAAGAAAUGGUUUGCAAACCCAAAAGGUAAAGGGGGAAAGAGUGUGUGUGUGUGUGUGUGUGUGUGUGUGUGUGUGUGUGUGUGU